AUGUUCCCGCCACGGUCUUGCGCAGUAAGACUAUUUUUUGUGAAUUCGCACGAUAGGUACGCCUUCGACUACGUGUUCGAUGCCACGGCGACGCAGAGGGCCGUCUAUGAAAACACCACGAAAUUUCUCAUACAGGGCGUCGUCGACGGUUACAACGCAACCGUGUUCGCGUAUGGAUGCACCGGUGCCGGCAAGACGUACACCAUGAUCGGGAACGGCCAGGAGGGCCACCAGGGCAUCAUGGUCCUCACGCUGCAGGAUCUCUUCAAGCAACAGCGCAGGGCAAGCGAGGUACAGGGUAGGCGUUACUCCGUGACCGUCUCCUUCCUCGAGGUGUACAACGAAAAUAUUCGUGAUCUCUUGAACGACACCGGGGAGUUUUUGGAUUUGCGGGAAGACCCCAUCAAGGGCCCGACUGUCUCGGGACUAGCCGAAGUGGAAGCCCGGACACCGGAAGAGAUCAUGGACCUCCUUCACCAAGGGAACCAGAGCCGAACCCAGCAAGCUACACGCGCUAAUGCUGCCUCUUCCCGUUCGCACGCGGUGCUGCAGGUGGUGGUGGAGAGUCGUGACAAAGCGCCGGGAACGGUAGCGACGAUGCAUAUUGGAAAGCUGAGCCUGGUGGACCUGGCGGGAUCUGAAAGAGCGGCCGCCACGCAAAACCGAGGGGUGCGCUUGGUGGAGGGAGCCAACAUCAAUCGCUCGUUGCUAGCGCUAGGAAACUGCAUCAACGCGCUAGGGGAGAGGGGCAACAAGGGGCAGUUUGUUCCUUAUCGUGAUUCGAAGCUGACUCGCCUGUUGAAAGAUUCCCUGGGGGGAAACUGCCGAACCGUCAUGAUUGCCAACAUAAGCGGUGCCUCGUCAUCUUUCGAGGAAACGCUCAAUACCCUCAAGUACGCCAACCGCGCCAAGAACAUCAAGACGAACGCCACCCGCAACUCCCUGGACGUGAACCACCACAUCUCCGAGUACGUUAACCUCAUCGGCAGCCUGCGCACCGAGAUAACCAGGCUCAAGCACCAGCUCGUGAGGGGCGGACGGAGUGGCGGCGGCGUAGGCACGGGCGCAGGCGGCGACGGAGUCGGUUCUAGCCGGUCUGAGGCCAUGGUGUUCUCUCCGUCCCUCAAGGCGAGUACCAACUCUCUGUUCGCCCCCGCGGACGACGAGCAGCAAGAGCUCAGAGGCUCGCGCGGCAAAGAAAUCACCGGGAGUUCGGAACGGGCGUCGUUGUUGUUGUCGCCGUCGUCGUCACCGUCGGCAAAACUUACGAACGAUGUUGGAAGCGUUGGUGGCGUUGAUGCUGGCGCCGGGUCGAUGAUGGAGGCGGUCGACGGGGCUGCCGGGAGCGGCACAAGCAGCCGAAACGGCAUCGACUUGGCCAUGGUUGCCGGUGUUAGGGAUGCUCCCGCGUCUUCUCCGCCGGUGUCGAUGGCGGAUGGGGAGGGAGCAGUGGUCUCCUCUCCUCAGGACAGAGAUUUCGUGGAAGAGGUACGCGAGAAGAUCGUGGAGAACUUCCGGGAAAGGAUGCAGCUGCGGCGGUCCCUUAUCGAGCUGGAGGAUCAAAACGUCCAGAACAGCAUAGAGGUCGGAAAGAGACAACUGUCACUUGUGGAGUGGCACGGUGGGAGGCGCCUUCCUCAAGAGGCCGCUAGCGACGCGUUACGAGGGUUGACACGGCACGGGGGGUGGGCAGAGGCCGUCGCGGAAGCAGCGGAGGCGGCGGCCGCCGGCGGCCGGGGUGACGGGAGCAUCAUCUCACCCCCACCGCCAGAGGUUAGGGUGGCGUGGAGGGAGUGCGAGCAGCUGUGCAGCGCCAUCUCCAAGAAUAACGAGACGAAGCGCAAGAUAUCGCGACGGUUGAGGAACAACGGCCGCCAGGCCGAGAGGUUCAAAGCAGACCUGGAUGGAAAGAUAACCGGCGAGGACAGAAACCAACUCAUGAGAUUGCAGUAUCGCAUCGGCAAGCUAGAGUUGGACAAUAUGGAGCUAGAGCAGAGCCGAAUUGUGCACGAGAGCGCCAUGAGGGGGAAAGACCUCACCAUAGAGAAGCUACAGCUGCAAUUGGCCGUACGAGAUCGAACAAUCGCUCUUCAGCAGUCAGUUCUCAAGGAGCACGGCCUCGACAACGUUGGCUUUCCCGGAAGCGUCGGAAUCACGGACGCUUUGGACGCCUUCCUUCCCGAGGGGGUUGUCGUGGGUCGUACCGACAGCGUCGGGAGUACAUCGUUCGACGAUGGUGACCACGGCGGCGACGUCCAUAACGGUGAUGACCAAGAUGAUGGCGACGACGGCGACAGCGGCGUGCUAAUCCCUCGAUGUAGAAACGGAAGGAGGGGCGGCUGGGGCUCGUCGUCUUCAGAUAGCGAGGAAGACUCCCGCCAGAACACAGCCGCAAAGAUGAACGGGGGGGGGGCGAAGAAAGACGGUCCCGCUGGCAUCGCUGUCAUAGAGAGCGGGAACAUCAACCCCAGCUCAACCCAGGGGGGGUCAGCGUCUGUAUCGGCAACUGACUCAGCGGCAGGAGCAGAGGAAGACGAUAAAGAAAAACAAGAAAAAAGUCGGCACCAAAAGCAACAGCAACAGCACCAGCCGAGGGACAGGCUUGAGCAGAUGAUGGAGACCACCCUGGGGCGCUCGACAGGGCAACAGUGGCCAAAACGCCGGCCGUCCAAGACCAUGUCGCGAACAACUCGCCAGACGACUCACCCCCCGCCGCCUCAACCGCCGUUGUCAUCAUCGUCGUCGUUGCAGCCGAAGCCAAAGUACCCACAGACCAGGUCGAGGAGACGUCGAGUGCCGUCGAACACUGGCGGUGGCGGCGGCGGCCACCUGCAAGGCGACCACGACGACGACAGCAUCGAAGACGGCCUCGUCGUGUCCUCCAUCAUUCCCGACGCGGCGUCGUGCGUGGCGCCGUUCCACGGCCCGCUACCGGUGUCCCUUGCCUUCGGGUGCAGUUCUGAUGGGCUCCUGGCGGUGCCGGCCGGCGACGACGCUUUCGCGGCGAAGGGCAGCAGGGCACGGGAUGAGAGAAACUUGUCGCUCAACGACCUGGCCGCGAGGCUUCAGCAAGACCAGCUGGCCUAG